CCAGAGAGUUGUGCAAACUCAGGACAAACACACACCGACUUCAGGAACACAAACCAACGGCACCUCAGGGCCAACAAUGGCAGCGACUCUGCUCGGGGAGGAGCCCCGACUCGGCAGCACACCUCUGGCCAUGCUGGCUGCAACCUGCAGCAGAAUCGGGGAGCCAAGUCCUUCAUGUUCUCCUACUUUGUCUGACGGAGCCCCCGGAUUGGCCAAGGGUUUUCAGCCCUGGAAACUGGGCGCCCCUGGGAGCAACAAUUUAGGCACCUGCCUAACCUCAGUUGGUGUCACACAUGGGAUUCACAAAAGCAGCAAUACAGGGCUGGUGAAUAGUUGUAGUGCCUUUUCGACUACCAACACAACAGUUGGAAAUGAUUACAACGGGUACCACAGUCCCGUAGCUUCUGGGAGUAGUGUUCCAGACGCAUCACAUACACAGAGGCCCUUGUUUUGGACUAAGUUCCCACAGGCUGUUGAGGGUCUUGGAAGUGUUUACCCAAGGGUGCACGCGCAUCCUUAUGAGUCAUGGUUCAAGACUGUCGGAGAGGUAGGUAAUGGGCAUGCUUCCUGGUGGGAAAUGGGCUCCGGUUGGAUGGACACGCAAAGCCCGAGCGGUAUAGGAGCUCCUCAUAACGGCUUCAGCUCUGAAUUCAGCCCGCUGACUCAUCCCACUUUUAGCUCUGGUGCUUCUCAGUCGAUUCUUCCAGGAGCACAACCUCUGUUUGAUGGUCUCAGACCCGGCCCCACAUUUACAGAGUCAGGUUCUGCUCCACUCACUCUGAGCGCCAGCCCUGUGUUACCCGCACCUGCUGCGCCUCGUUCAUCCUCUCGGCGGUACGCCGGACGUGCCACAUGCGACUGUCCCAACUGCCAGGAAGCAGAGAGCCUGGGACAAGGGAGCACAAGCCCACGGCGGAGAGGGCUCCACAGCUGCCACAUCCCUGGCUGCGGGAAAGUUUACGGCAAAACGUCACACCUGAAAGCUCACCUGCGCUGGCACACUGGUGAGCGCCCCUUCGUCUGUAACUGGCUCUUCUGUGGAAAGAGGUUCACACGCUCAGACGAACUCCAGCGGCAUCUCCGCACUCACACGGGCGAGAAGCGCUUUGAGUGCACUGUGUGUCACAAGCGAUUCAUGCGCUCCGACCACCUGAGCAAGCACGUGAAGACGCACAGCGCGGAAGAAGGCGCGGAACAUGGAUUUGGGAAAAGCACCAGUGACACCGAAAACAGCGGGUGCGGCAGCCCCGGACUGUCUCCGGAGCAGCGCGUGCGUGACUUAAACCAGAGCACAGGAUCUGAGAGCACUGUGGAAUAACCCUGUUUCUGUACGGUGUGUUGUGGAACUGCUGUGAACUGUGAGAACUUUGA